GGAAAGGCUGCUGAGGAGAUAAUGGUUUCGGCCGGAUCUCUUCAUUGAGGGGACAGCUAAAGCCCAAAGCCUCUUCUAAGAGCGGUUAGAAUUUCAUCAGAAAGCAAGUCUGGUCACAUGAGAAUUUCUGGCACUGUGUGCAUGGCAGGCUGGACACCAGCCGGCCAGAACUGAGUGAGUGGAUCGUAUUGGCUUCAGAGGAGGGGAAAAGUCCCAGCCUGGCCUGGGAGAAGGAGCUGGCUCACUCCCUGGGCCACUGGACUGCGGGCAGGCGCAGCACAGCUGCUGCGGAGCAACCGGGGCUCUGAUGCCCUGAGCCCCCUUUCUUUUAACCCUAAAGAAAGUGUGUGGUGCAGGGACUGAAGACUGAAAGAUGCCUAAGGAGUGCAAUGCUUUCCACGCCCUCUCGGCAGCUCUGUGCUGCUUCUAUCACCGCAAAUCUUUCCUUGGAGUCAAGUUCUCCAAGGAGAGGCAAGUCAUGGACAGAACCCCCGAGAGGCUGAAGAAGGAGCUGGAGGAGGAGCUGCUGCUGAGCAGCGAGGACCUGCGCAGCCACGCCUGGUACCACGGCCGCAUCCCCCGACAGGUGUCAGAAAACCUCAUGCAGCGAGACGGUGACUUCCUGGUCCGAGACUCUCUGUCCAGCCCCGGAAACUUCGUGCUGACCUGUCAGUGGAAGAACCUCGCUCAGCACUUCAAGAUCCAGCGGACGGUGCUUCGGCUCAGCGAGGCCUACAGCCGCGUGCAGUACCAGUUCGAGACCGAGAGCUUCGACUCCAUCCCCGGCCUGGUGCGCUGCUACGUGGGCAACCGCCGGCCCAUCUCCCAGCAGAGCGGGGCCAUCAUCUUCCAGCCCAUCAACAGGACGGUGCCCCUGCGGUGUCUGGAGGAGCGCUACGGCACCUCCCCUGGCCUGGCCCGCGAGGGCAGCCUCGUGGAGGGAAGGCCAGACGUGGCCAAGAGGCUGAGCCUCACCACGGGCAGUGUCCAGGCCCGGGAGCCGAGCUUGCCCAGAGGAAACCUCCUCAGAAAUAAAGAGAAGAGCGGCAGCCAGCCCGCCUGCCUGGAUCACAUGCAGGACCGAAGAGCCUUAUCCCUCAAAGCCCACCAGUCGGAGAGCUACCUGCCGAUUGGCUGUAAGAUGCCCCCUCAAUCCUCAGGUGUGGACACAGGCCCCUGCCCAAACUCACCUGUUUUCAGGACGGGCAGUGAGCCCACCCUGAGCCCGGCAGUGGUUCGGAGGGUCUCCUCGGACGCUAGGGCAGGAGAGGCGCUGAGGGGCUCAGACAGCCAACUGUGCCCAAAGCCACCCCCCAAGCCCUGCAAGGCACCCCUCCUCAAGGCUCCCCCAUCUCCGUCCACCUGGCUCAAGUCAGAGGCCAACUACUGUGAACUGAACCCAGCCUUGGCCACAGGCUGUGACAGGGGAGCGAGGCCACCCAUCUGCACCCAGGACAGCUAUGUGGAGCUGCUGAAGGCCAAGCAGAAUGGGGCACUGGGUCCCCGGAACUCUGGCACCAACUACUUGAUCCUCGAUGACGACGACAGGGCAAGGCCUUGGGAGCCACCGGCAGCAGCGCAAAUGGACAAGGGGCAGGAUGACAAGGGCCAGUUCGUGACGCCCCUCCUGGAGACUGCCUCCUCGUUCAGACCCAAUGACUUUGAGUCGAAGCUCCUUCCUCCUGAGAACAAGCCCCUAGAAACAGCGAUGCUGAAGCGUGCAAAGGAACUGUUCACCAGCAACGACCCCAAGGUCAUCGCCCAGCACAUGCUGAGCGUGGACUGCAAGGUCGCUAGGAUUCUAGAAGUCUCGGAAGAGAUGAAGAAGAACAUGGGCGUGAGCUCAGGGCUGGAACUCAUUACCUUGCCUUAUGGCCACCAGCUGCGUCUGGACAUAAUCGAAAGACACAGCACCAUGGCCAUUGGCAUUGCGGUGGACAUCCUGGGCUGCACGGGCACUUUGGAGGACCGAGCAGCCACCCUCAACAGGAUCAUCCAGGUGGCGGUGGAACUGAAGGACUCCAUGGGGGACCUCUAUUCUUUCUCGGCCAUCAUGAAAGCCCUGGAAAUGCCUCAGAUUACAAGGUUAGAAAAAACGUGGACGGCCCUGCGGCACCAGCAUACCCAGUCCGCCAUCCUCUAUGAGAAACAACUGAAGCCGUUCAGCAAAAUCCUGCACGAAGGCAGAGAAUCCACUUGUGUCCUCCCAAACAAUAUAUCAGUCCCCCUGCUGAUGCCUCUUGUGACCUUAAUGGAACGACAGGCUGUCACUUUUGAAGGCACUGACAUGUGGGAAAAAAAUGAUGAAAGCUGUGAAAUUAUUAUGAACCAUCUGGCAACAGCCCGACACAUGGCAGAGGCUGCACACAGUUACCAGGUGAAUGCCGAGAGGAUCCUGGAAGGUUUUCAACCAGAUGAAGAAAUGAGUGAAAUCUGCAAGACUGAAUUUCAAAUGCGAUUGCUAUGGGGCAGCAAAGGUGCACAAGUCAAUCAGACAGAGCGAUACGAGAAAUUCAACCAGAUUUUAACAGCCCUCUCACGUAAACUGGAGCCUCCUCCUGUAAAGCAAGCAGAGCUUUGAUAACUCUCUAGAGAACCUUAGGGUAUCACUUCAAGCUUCUCCAGUUUCUUCUUUGGAAAAGCUUAUCAUUUGAAAAAGAUGUGCAAAAUCUGACAAUGUACAAGCUUUUAGUAUCCACAGGAUAUUAAACAUGUAAAUUGCACAGAGCAUACUUAUUUAUGAAUUGUUUAAAAUUACUACUGAUUUUUUUAAAUGAAUGAUAAUUUAUUGUUAAGGUAACUAUUGCUAAUGUUGAUCAGCAAAUUCAAGAGAUGACCUAGCUGUGUUGACCGGUUGCUUUUUAUUACUGAGGUAUUUGACCAUCUUAGUUUUAAUUCCAUAUUAGAAAAUUGUAAAUAGAAUUUAAAAGCAUGAAACAUUUCAGAAGGUAUCAGUUGUAUGAUAUUCUUUAAAUAUGAAAACAUGUAAAUAGUCAUGAAAAUAUAUCUUUUUGUGAAACAG